UAUUAUAGACAAACUAAGCUCAGUCUAUUAAGAGGGCAAACAAAGGAAUCACCCGAAAAAAUAAAAGGCUGAGGAGCCCCCGGAAAAGCAGGAGAAUGCGGGCCGGGGAGUAGGGCACACUUUGGAGAAGCACACCCGGCAAUGAGAGGGCCGGGAACCGAAACUGUUAGCUGGCAAAUCGGAUUGCGAAUUUGCUGUAUUGACACAAGGAAAUCGUUAGCCGGCUUAGCCAGCAAGAGGCCAAAUUUAAAAUUAAAAAUAUAGCCAGCGACCCGUCCCAGAGCCCAGCACCAGAGUCGGAAUCAAAGUGAUAUGCUAAUGCGGGAGCGGACGCGGGAGCAGAGCAUCGCGAGUGCCGAGAGUGUGGCAUGAAUAUUUCAUGAGCAGUGAUGACAAUAAGCCGGCUCCAGGAAUAAGGCCAAAAGCAGAACCAGCACUCGCAACAUGACGGAGCUAAGACGGACUAAUGGCCUGCACAAGCAGCAUUCUCUUCGAGAUCGGCAGGUGCACCCCCUGCUCCACGCCCUCGCCGACCACGGCUGCAAUCUGAGCAGCGGCGGCAACAGCGCCGCUAGCACCACCAGCAGCAGCACUGCCACGGCCACCACAGCCCUGGGCGGUGGCGGUAAUCCUGGCGGAUCAGCAGGCUCUAACGGUAACGGAAACGGUAACGGCAUCAUGGCCCAAAGGAGCAUCGAGUUCGAUGAGCACGACAUAUUCUACGUUUCCCCCUCUAAGCGAAAAGGAGUAGCGCCAGGUGUCUCUGGGAACGUGGUCACCUUCUCGAACUAUGUGAGCGAGCAGCGCCUGACCCCCUCUUCCUCGAACCGCGGAUCCCUGAAGCGCAGCAAGGGCCGCUCCAACCAGUCGCUCUGCAGCUGCGACGCCGGCGACGAGGCCCAGCUGGAACUGCAGCCGAACGCGACACGGCCCCUGUACGAGUACAGUCUGGAACGCAGGCGUAAGACGCAUACCUACUCCUGCGAGCAGAACGCCCAGAUCCUCAUGAGACUGGAGCGGGAGCGCAAUCGUAAAUUAUCGCUGACUGCCGUGGAGAGCGGCGGCCUGGGACUGGGUUCUGGCGCCGCCGGAGGAGACCCCCAGAGUGACACGCCCAGCCUGUCGGAUGUGGACGUCAUCCCGCCAGUGCCCCCGCCGCCGGCGAUGAAGCGCAACGGCAGCAUGCGCAGCCUGCGACUGCUGCAACAUCUGCACCAGCACAGCAGCGGCAGCAGCAGCAGCAACAACAACAACUUGUCGCAGCUGUGCAGUAGCGACCUGCUGCAGGAGUGCACCAAGUCCGCGCUCGACGACUGCACCGCCACGCUGCUCAAGUGCACCACCACCAGCAACCACAGCAGCAGCACCAACAGCAACAUGGGCCCCACUUGCAACGGCAACGGCACCAACAACAACCACAUCCAGGCCAAGCCCGACCUGUGCCAGCCCCCCGGCCAUGCCCACAAUCACAGGCACAAGCUACUGCCCGGCAGCGCCACGCCCACUCACCACUCGCACCCACACCCGCCGCCGUUCGCCGCCCACGAAGACGAGAUUUUCUCGCCCCACUCAAAGAAGUCGGAUCCGAGUCUGUGCUUUGUGGGCGGCGUAGGCGCGGGACCGGGCUUGGCCGGGGCAGGAGGUGCCGGUGGGGGCUCUGGGGGCAAUGUAUCUUCGAAGUACAACACAAUAGGGCCGAGUAGCGAUUACGCGAGGCACUUGGCGCACUACAGCCGCUACCUGCAGAAGCAGCACCACCAGCAGCAAAUGGCGCACUUCCAGCAGCAGAGAUGUCGCUGCUUUUCCCAAUCCCUGCUGAACUUUCCGCAGCAGCAGCAACAGCCACCGUCGCAGCCUCAGGCCGCGCAACAACACCAGCAGCAGCAGCAGCAGCCGCCACUGGCGCAGCAAUCGGCAAUCUUUCACACCAGCAGCAUGGACUGGACUCUGCCAAUUAAUAGUCGCAGCUUUGGCAAUUUGGUGAACAUCGACGGCGGCUGUCGGGUGCCGUACCAGAAAAUGCCACACCACCAGACCGCAUCCGGAAAUCCAGUUUCAGGUGGUGCAGGUUCCAACGGCGGUUUGGGCCUGGCGGCCUCGUCCACUUUCACACUUACCUCCUUCGACAGCGACAUUGUGCACGGGCUGAAAGAACGCGAAUCGCAGACCUCGUUGCACCAUCCCCACUCGCAUCCACAUCCGCACUCGCACUCCCAUCCGCACACGCAUCCGCACCACUAUCAUGGUGGCGGGGGCGACGGCUCGGGGUCCGUGACACCGCAGAAGCAUCACCAGCUGCACUCGAGCGUCACGAGCAUCAUGCCCUGGAAGCACCGCCAGUGCCCCAGCAGGGGAUCCUCCAGCUCCGGCACGAACUCGUUCCGCUUCGAUGCAGCCAAGCACUGGCUCGCUGUGAGCUCCAUCCUCCUGAUAAUUGGCGCUGCCAGUGUGGCCGUGCCACUGGCGCUACGUGUGGCGGCAAGUGCACCUUUCGAAGAGCGACUGCGGGUUGCCGUGCAGCUGCUGGAUCAAGUGCCUUUAAUCGACGGGCAUAACGACCUACCCUGGAAUAUACGCAAGUUCCUGCACAACAAACUCAACGACUUCAAUUUUGAUGAGGAUUUGCGCAAUGUAAUGCCGUGGGGCCGCAGCCACUGGAGUCACACGGACCUCACGCGACUGAAGAAGGGACGCAUAUCAGCACAGUUCUGGGCCGCCUAUGUCCCCUGUGAGGCGCAGCACCGCGAUGCCGUGCAGCUGACUCUGGAACAGAUUGAUGUGAUCAAGCGACUGACGGAUCGCUACUCCCCGCAGCUCACCACCUGCACCUCCGCCCAGGACAUAAUCGAGGCACACAAGAACCAGCAACUUUGCUCCCUCACCGGAGUCGAGGGCGGCCACUCGCUGGGUGGCUCCUUGGCGGUGCUGCGGACUCUCUACGCCAUCGGCGUGCGGUACAUGACGCUGACCUCCACCUGCCACACCCCGUGGGCGGACUCGAGCUACGCGGACGCUCCGACCUUCAACAUGAAGCACGGAGGCCUCACCAUAUUCGGCAAGACAAUCAUCCGCGAAAUGAAUCGACUGGGCAUGAUGGUCGACCUGUCGCACGUCUCCAAAGGAACCAUGCGCGACGCCCUUGAAGUGAGCGAGGCACCUGUGAUAUUCUCACACUCCUCGGCCUACGAGCUCUGCAACACGAGCCGCAACGUCCAGGACGACAUCCUGCAGGCCCUGGCCAAGAACGGCGGCCUGGUGAUGGUCAACUUCUACUCGAAGUUCCUGUCCUGCAGCGACAACUCCACCGUGCACGAUGCAGUCGCGCAUAUUAAUCACAUUAAGCGAGUCGCCGGCAUCGAUCACGUUGGACUGGGCGCCGGCUACGACGGCAUUAAUUACACCCCUAAAGGAUUGGAGGAUGUCUCCUCGUAUCCAACACUGUUUGCUGAGCUCCUCGGAGGCGGCUGGACUAUCGAUGAGCUGACAAAACUGGCGGGUGGAAAUUUCCUGCGCGUUAUGCAGCAGGUGGAAAAACUGAGGGAUGACAAAAAGGCAUCCGGAGUGAAGCCCUACGAGGACCACCCCAAUUUCCGCACCGACGACCCCUACAACUGCACCUCCAGCUAAUUGAGUACUGGAGCCAAACACACUGAGGUUGUACCGGAGCUGCCGAAGGAGUCCUUACCCGAAAGGAUAGGAAAGCCGAGGGAACUCCUGCUUCGUUUGAAAGCAGAAUGAAUACAUAGCCAAUUUACUCAAUGUAAUUUGAAUAAAUUGCUACUAGAAAUGUA